AAGUAUAAAAGCAAGAGUAAAUCCAGUUGGGACAGCAGUGCAGCAGUGGAACAAACCACAGCAGUAGCUCAAUUAAGAGUAUGUCUACCACCGAUAUGAACAUGGGCAAGAUCAUCUUCUACGAAGACAGGAACUUCCAGGGUCGCUCCUAUGAGUGCAUGAGCGACUGCUCCGACAUGUCCUCCUACCUGAGCAGGUGUCACUCCUGCAGGGUGGAGAGCGGCUGCUUCAUGGUCUACGACCGUCCCAACUACAUGGGGAACCAGUACUUCAUGAGGAGGGGCGAGUACGCCGACUACAUGAGCAUGUUCGGAUGGAGCGGGGGCAUCAGGUCCUGCCGCAUGAUCCCCAUGUACCGGGGUCAGUUCAGGAUGAGGAUCUAUGAGAGGGAGAACUUCGAAGGUCAGAUGUACGAGAUGAUGGACGACUGCGACAACAUCAUGGACCGAUACCGCAUGAACAACUGCAUGUCCUGCAACGUGAUGGACGGCCACUGGCUGAUGUACGAGCAGCCCCACUACAGAGGCAGGAUGAUUUACAUGAGGCCCGGGGAGUACCGCAGCUUCAGGGACAUGGGCUUCAGCGGCAUGAGGUUCAUGAGCAUGAGGCGCAUCAUGGACAUGUGCUAGAUGUCUUCAUUCUGAAAUAAAAAACGGGGAUUUAUAAAAAAAAA